AUGUCAAGAUUUUCCGAUGAGCUUUCGAAUGGAACUUUGAUAGCACCAAGCAGUAUCGCUCAGUUGCAUGGAGCACGGUAUAAUGGCUCUUUAGCGGUGGCCACGCUGCACUCCAAUGCCAGUUUGGUUUGCAACGUUACGAGACCAGACGGCUCCGUUGUAAUUGCAUUGUCUCCAGAAUGCGUUUUGGAGGGUAUCACCAAUAGGAGAGGCAGUGGAGGACACUCCAGUGGAAGCAGUGGACACUCCAGUGGUAGCAGUGGACACUCCAGUGGAAGCAGUGGACACUCCAGUGGUAGCAGUGGACACUCCAGUGGAAGCAGUGGAAGCAGUGGAAGUAGUGGCAGCAGCGGCAGCAGCGGUGGAAAAAGCGGUGGUAGCAGUGAAAGUAGUGGCAGCAGUAGCGGUAGCUCUGGAAGCAGUGGAAGCAGUGGCACUCGUGGAAACAGCGGAAGCGGCGCAAGAAGCGGAAGCAAUAUCGCCGCUCACGCUGGAAAUACUGGAUACGCUGGUUAUGGUGGAUACGCUGGCUACGGCGGAUACCCAGGCUACGCUGGCUACCCCGGUUACCACCAUGGUGCAUCCAGGAAUGUCACAGUUUCAGCCCAAAUCAACGCAGCCAGCCCCAUAAAACCAAACAUCCCACAAAUCCUAAUUGCUAUUCUACUGACUUGCACAUUCCUGCAGGUUUUCGAAUAA